UGACCACAAAUGUCAAAGCAAAACAAGAGAACGCAAAAGCAGAGGAAAAGUGUCUACUGAUUUGCAUCGACCUGCCAAUUGAAAAUAAUUGCAAUAAUAAUAGCCUUUUGGUAUAGAAUCGCCCACCCGCGAAGCCAGUGUGUGUGCUAGCACGUAACUGAGCUACAUUUUGCAUUGCCAAAUUGGCCAAGAAAUCGCAACUGAAUUCCGCCCAACAAAACAACAAUACGCACACAUACACAUUAGCAACCUCGCCCCCCGCGCUUUUCUUAACCGCCCUACAUUCCGCUUUCCUUACGCUCCCUAAGGUGAACUAAAGUGAUCUAAAACGGUCCCAACAUGACUGCUGCGCCGUACAACUACAAUUACAUCUUCAAGUACAUCAUCAUUGGUGACAUGGGCGUGGGCAAGUCCUGUCUGCUCCACCAGUUCACUGAAAAGAAAUUCAUGGCCAAUUGUCCACACACCAUUGGCGUGGAGUUUGGCACACGUAUCAUCGAGGUGGACGACAAAAAGAUCAAGCUGCAGAUCUGGGACACAGCGGGCCAGGAACGAUUCCGGGCCGUCACACGCUCCUACUACCGAGGAGCUGCCGGGGCUCUGAUGGUCUACGAUAUUACCAGACGCUCUACGUAUAAUCACUUGAGCAGCUGGCUCACCGACACUCGAAAUCUCACCAACCCCAGCACUGUGAUCUUUCUCAUUGGCAAUAAGUCGGAUCUGGAGAGCACUCGCGAGGUGACCUACGAAGAGGCCAAGGAGUUUGCCGAUGAGAACGGUCUCAUGUUUCUCGAAGCUAGUGCUAUGACUGGCCAAAAUGUAGAAGAGGCUUUUCUCGAGACCGCUCGCAAGAUCUACCAGAACAUCCAAGAGGGACGGCUCGAUCUGAAUGCCUCUGAAUCUGGAGUCCAGCACCGGCCAUCGCAGCCCUCGCGAACUUCGCUGAGCAGCGAGGCCACGGGCGCCAAGGAUCAGUGCUCGUGCUAAAUGAAUGCACUUAACUUUACACAACCCUAGAUAUACAAAUGAACUUUUAUUUUUAGCCGACUCGUAAUCUACCGAAGCCCAAGCAAGAAAACCAAUGUAUGUAGUUGAAUGAUUCGAUUAAGCAUUAAUGUGUGAGCCAACAACAGCGACAGUAACCACAAAAAAUAAGAAACAAAAUAUAUAAGCCCUCCCCCGAAAAAGAAGACGCAACCUCUUAAACAUUUAUAAUAUCGAUUAAGCAUAAAUAUUAGAUAAUUGAACACGUUUGUUGGUUAGCGCGAAUACUUCUCACGCAUUCGUUAGAGGAACCAAAGUUUUGACUAUGAAAUUUCGAAAAAGUUUAUCGCUCUAUUCUAAGCACCAACACUCGUUUGGCCACAAAAUAUAUAUAGCUAAAUGCGUUCGAUAGACCAAGUUUUCUGUUGGCUGUAUCCCUGUAUAUAUAUGAAUUUUUGUAUCUCCUUUAAUCAAUCAUUUUUUGUUGAGUAUUUGUUGUAGUCGCGUGACAAAGAUGGGAGAAAAUCGAUCAAUGUUAUAUGAAUAUUAACGAUGUAUUAAUGGCAUAAUGCAAUAGGAAAUAAAUAAAACGGUAUUUAUAAAGCCCCUA